AAUAGUGACCAAUACACGGGAAGGACUAUAUUAUAAAUUGAAAAAGACUAGGCGCUCGCUAUACGAUAACAGUGUUUAUGUGAUGUGUAGUGAGGGCACGUGUAAUUCGUGAAAAAAUUUUCGUUCUGAGCCCUGAGACAUUCCUCGGCGACGCGGCUUGAUCGCGUCUUCAAGUUGCAACCACGGCGUCUCCAGUAGCAAUGACGCAACACAGCGACGCGUCCAGCGACCGGUCCGAAGUAUCAGUAACUCCACCACCACCAGUUUCCAAAAUGCUUGAAUUCGCCAGUCAUCAGAAUCUCAGUUUUCUCAACCUGGAGCACCGUAAUAUGUUAGCAGCUCCGUUGGCGGCCCUUCAUUCUAUGACCGAAAUGAAAAAUCAUCAAACACAUCUCAACUCCGAACAUCUUCAUGGCCAAGAAAAAAGUGAUGCCGACGUCUUGCUAGAACGUACAAGUUUACACGUAGAACGGUCAGGCUUGACGUCGAGAAGUCCCUUAGGUGCCACAAGCAAUAGCAACAGUUCUCAAGGGGCUAAUCCUCAUGGCAUUGACCAUAUAUUGUCAAGGCCUUCUCAAAUUACAACUGGCCCCUUGCAUUUCCCACAUAAUCUCGGUUUUACGCAGAAUACACUAAGUAUGGCCUCUAACAGCGCUCAGAGUGCUUCUAAUUCUGGACUGCGUGGAUUUAACAUUGCCGCCGCUGCCUUUUUCCACCAUCAUGCCGCUAAUUCUGUCAACAAACCUCCUGUAGAGCUUGCAAGAGGUGCUGGAGGCCUUUACUGGCCUGGUGGAAUACAAGGUCUGAAUCCUAUGUCAUGGAGGGAUCGUCUUAGUAGCAUGAAUCAAGGUAACAUGGGCGGUAUAGGAGGUGAUAAAGAUACGAAAAAGAAACACACGAGGCCUACUUUUUCCGGUCAACAAAUAUUCGCGUUAGAAAAAACUUUUGAACAAACCAAAUAUCUUGCCGGCCCGGAAAGGGCGAAAUUAGCGUAUGCCUUAGGAAUGACAGAAUCACAAGUAAAGGUAUGGUUCCAGAACCGAAGGACUAAAUGGAGGAAAAAACACGCGGCGGAAAUGGCAACCGCAAAGCGGAAACAGGAAGUGCUCGAUAACCAAACAGAUGAAAAUAGCGACAUAUUAUCAGAUAAUGAAGAAGAACAUGUAUCAAAACGGCAGAACUUACAAUGAGAAUUUUAUAACUAAUGUGAAGUUAAGACUUGUUUUGUAAAUAUAAAUUAGUGAUCUCAAUGUUUUGUGACUCGUACGGCGCGGACGUUAUGCGCAAUUUGUAAAAAUGUUAUAUAUAGCCAAACGAUAUGAUUGUUUUAGUUCGUACAGCGUUUGUAUCUUCUGUGUAACUUAAUUUGAAAUAAAAUACAGUUAAAGACAAAUAGAAAUAAAAGCCGCAUUAAACGAAACGUAUAUUUAAUGUCAAUGUACAGAAAGAUAUUUUUAAUUUUUAAUGAUAGCAAACGUCGCCCAAAAGCGCCAAUAUCUUUGAUAAAUUCGAUUGUGGAGUAAGAUUUUUGUUUCAAAUAUAGGUAGGUUAAAAUUAGCAGUAAAUCUGUAAAUAAUGUUUAAUUAGCCAGUCACCUUAAAAUGUAUUUGCCUUGCAGGAACCACGGGAAAAUAUGAGAUUUUCUUACAAGAGAAAAAGAUUCGAUAAGUCAUGUUAGUAACAAUAUGUUUUUAUUAUUUUUGCCUAAUAGUUUUUAGAAACUAAUUUUUUAGAAGUAGAAAAGCAUUUUUCGUUAGUUUCUUCAGUUUUUUUUUACUUUUUUUCAUCCAGAUUGAAAACAAAUUUAUUUGAAAUCAAUUUACUGUUGUAUAUAUUCAAACUAAUAUAAGUGAUACUUAUAUAUCUAAAGUAUAUAGAUAUAGUUUUACCAGAACAGUAAACAGCUUAAAUAACUAAGCGACUUGUGAAUGCCGAUUUUUAUAGUGAUAUGCAAAGUUAUUUCAAUUCAAAUUCAAAUUUUGAAAGCCUUAUUGCUAACUAAUAGAUUGACGUCAUGAACUGAGAGUUUACUAAAUACAGGAUAACAAUUAUAGUGUGAACUUUCUAAUUUUGAAAAGUACAUCUAACAAACUUGCUUUUUUAUUGACAUUAGAUAUACUGUACAUAAUCUGCCUAAUGCGUAUUUUUUUCGUAAUUAAAUAGAUUUUAAUAAUAUUAGUCUUUCUAUCGAUUUAUUUUUUAAUUAGCUGAAACAAAAUUUUAUUAUCAAUAUCAAUACGAGGGAUGUUACUUAAUUUGUGAGACAAAUAAAAACAUAUUCAUAAUUGGAAA